GCGACAGACAGGCAGCAAGCACAAGAACAAGAAAGACGUCGCGAGUCGAUAGGGAUACAGCAUUGAGCGUACGCACUGGACGACCAGCCAUGUGCAGUCUCCUACGGCUCUCGUUGCCACCACGCCGGCGGCCGUGCACGCACGCUCGGCUCUUUGUUUACCCCUCCGAUGUGACGUACGGGCGUUUCGCGCGGCUCGAGAGAGCGUGCAGCUCAAUGCAAUCGAGUGAGCGCCCGGCACCAGCAGCAGCACUCAGUGCCGAGUGCGCUGACCCGUGGGACAGGUAGUGAUGGUCGUUGACCACCGCUGAGCGCGAUCCAUUGUUUACAUCGACGCCUUCGGAGCCGCGAUCACUGGUGCGCCGAUCGCAUCAUCAUCAUCAUCAUCAUCAUCAUCAUCAUCGUUGUCGUUGUUGCUGCUGGUGCUACAGGUGAACCAUGUCCUCGUCGUCCUCGUCCUCGUCAUCGUCGAAGGUGGUGGGAAGCUCGCCCGCGAGAGCGGCGAACAAAGGCGAGCAGGAAUUCCCGCUGGGCCUGGACAAGGAUGCCAGCGAGCACAGCAUCUCCAGCAUGAUGUCGUGCAUGUCCAUCUCGCCGAAGCACGCGGAGAACAGCCUGCGCGUCAUGGAGAGCUAUCUGCACAAGCAACAGCUGACGGACGUGACGUUGAUCGCGGGCAAGAGACGCGUCCCGGCUCAUCGACUAGUGCUCAGCGCUGGUUCGGAGUAUUUCGCUGCCAUGUUCACGAGUUCCUUACGAGAGUCGGCACAAAAUGAGAUAGAAUUAAUGAAUAUAGACGGGGACGCGUUGUGGGCCUUGGUUCUUUACUGCUAUACAGGCUGCAUAGAACUGCAGGAAGACAGCGUCGAGACCCUUCUCGCGACGGCGUGUCUGCUGCAAUUGAAUCCGGUGAUCAAAGCAUGCUGCCAGUUCCUCGUCAAGCAGCUUCACCCAAGUAACUGCCUGGGCAUACGGAUGUUCGCUGACACACAGGGUUGCACAGAACUGUUUGAACACGCGCACGCAUAUACGACGAAACAUUUCAUGGAAGUUACGAGAAACCAAGAAUUCCUGCUUCUCUCUGCCAACGAAGUUGCCAAACUGCUCGAGUCCGAAGAUCUUAAUGUUCCCUCGGAAGAGACGAUCUUCCAUGCUCUCAUGACCUGGUUGGAACACGAUCCAGAAAAUAGAAGCAAAGACGCCAGCAAGCUGUUAGGUCUAGUCAAAUUACCGCUACUGUCACCCGCAUUUAUAGCUGACAAUAUCGAGAGCAACGAGAUGUUCAGGGACCAAAGAGUGGCGCAGGAGUUAGUGAUGGAAGCGUUGAAGUACCACUUGCUGCCCGAGCGAAGACCCCUGCUUCAAUCAGGAAGGACAAAGCCGAGGAAAGCUACCGUGGGCACGUUGUUAGCUGUCGGGGGGAUGGACGCCAACAAAGGUGCGACGUCCAUAGACGCGUUCUCGUUACGCGACAACGCGUGGAAGUCUUUGGCCACCAUGAGCGGCAGGAGGCUGCAAUUCGGCGCGGUUAUAGUCGAUAAGAAAUUGAUCGUCGCGGGCGGCAGGGACGGCUUGAAGACGCUCAACACCGUGGAGUGCUUCGACCUGUCGACUCUCACUUGGAGCACCUUGCCACCGAUGAACGUCCACCGUCACGGACUGGGAGUGGCGGUCUUAAAUGGACCCCUGUACGCCGUUGGUGGCCACGACGGCUGGAGCUUCCUCGACACGGUAGAGAGAUGGGACCCGGCGACGCGUCAGUGGAGCUCGAUAUGCCCCAUGUCCAUACAGAGGUCCACGGUCGGCGUGGCUGUGUUGAAUGACAAAGUGUACGCCGUAGGAGGGAGAGACAUCAGCUCCUGCCUGAAUACCGUAGAAUGUUACGACCCGCAUACUAACAAGUGGACACCGUGCGCACCCAUGUCGAAGAGGCGCGGCGGGGUGGGCGUGGGCGUGAUAAACGGUUGCCUCUACGCGCUCGGUGGCCACGACGCUCCAGCUAGUAAUCCCAACGCCAGCAGAUUCGACUGCGUGGAAAGGUACGAUCCUAAAACCGACACGUGGACCAUGGUCGCGUCAAUGAGCGUGCCGCGGGACGCCGUCGGUGUGUGCGUGCUAGGAGAUCGGCUGAUGGCUGUGGGAGGCUACGACGGCCAGCAAUAUCUCACCCUGGUGGAGGCGUACGAUCCACAUCUCAACGAAUGGGAGCCCGUUGCUCCGCUUAGAGCUGGCCGCGCGGGACCCUGCGUCGUCGUCAGAAACUUGAUUAACAAUACUUAGAUCAUUUUUACUGACCACCAUUGGGCUUACCUUUACACGAUUCGUACUCGUAAUUCCAUUACACAUGUAUUCACGUGUUCCUCGGCAACGUAACACGGCCCGCUCUCUUGUGAUAUCGCACGCACGCGUUAAAUUCCUUGCAAUGUGAUUAUUAUUUCGGUGAAACUUUUAGAUAAUUUCGCUCGUGAAUAGGUAUUAAUUUUCUCUCUAGCAUUCUUAGCACGUAGGAAUCUUUAUAGAAUUUUUUUCACAUAUUUUCAUGUCGAUAUCAUCGAGAAAAUUCCAAUUGCAGUGAUCGAACGUUGUAUUCCUCGGCGUUUAUCUGCAAAUUUGUACAUAACACCGCGAUUUUAUAAUUCUUCCCCGCGAACGAAUGAUUUUGCGUGACAAUGUGGUUGUGGUAAUUCAUAUUUAUCUAAUCGUGAUCUGUAUGUCGAUGUAAGAAUUUCAUAUCGGAGAGUCAGUAAGGAGGAUAAGAUCUAAAUAUGUACGGAUAUUGUUUCUACGUGAAAAUGAACUUUUCCUUAAUGAAUUCUCGAAAUUUUUUCCUGAGAUAUUCAUGGAUCCAGUUUUGCUAUAAAUAAAUGUUGUAUUAAAAAAA